AUAUCUCAUCAAUCAGGCUUAUUAGCCUCGAAAACUCAAUCCUUGUAAAUUCAACGGAGAGAGAGAUCUGAGAUCAGAUUCCGGCGUCCCAAAGAAGCAGAAAUCUUAAGAUCCAGCAUCGCCUGAGAUGUCUACCUUCAGUGGCGAUGAGACUGCUCCUUUCUUCGGCUUCCUUGGCGCUGCCGCAGCGCUCGUCUUCUCCUGUAUGGGAGCUGCGUACGGGACAGCCAAGAGUGGUGUGGGAGUGGCAUCCAUGGGUGUGAUGAGGCCGGAGUUGGUGAUGAAGUCUAUUGUCCCUGUUGUUAUGGCUGGUGUUUUGGGUAUCUAUGGUUUGAUUAUUGCUGUUAUCAUCAGUACCGGGAUUAACCCCAAGGCUAAAUCUUACUACCUCUUCGAUGGAUAUGCCCAUCUCUCUUCUGGUCUUGCUUGUGGGCUUGCUGGUCUUUCAGCUGGAAUGGCCAUUGGUAUAGUUGGUGAUGCUGGUGUCAGGGCCAAUGCUCAACAGCCAAAACUUUUCGUUGGUAUGAUUCUUAUCCUCAUUUUCGCUGAAGCUCUGGCUCUAUACGGUCUCAUUGUUGGGAUCAUUUUGUCCUCCCGAGCUGGUCAGUCCAGAGCCGAAUGAGAAAAGAAUGCGGUUCUUGAAGUCCGCAUGAUUCUUUCUUCCCCUUUUCGCCGGUCUCUUCAUCGAGCCGGGAUCUUCUUAUAUUAUUUGUCAGGUUAGUAGAGACACAGUGGUUUUGUUCAUUGUAGCAUGUUUUCCAUGAACGUGUCUGCUCGAAACAAAAACCACACAUCAUCAUCAAAAAUGUUCAGUUUUCACCCUUGUGUGAUGUUUGUAAUGAGACGGUUACGGAUUAUUAUGUUCCCAGUAAGAUAACUGUGGGAGACACCCUAUUUAUAUCGUUUAUCAUUUUCCUAAUAAAUCCCAGAAAACUCG